UAAUCCAGUUGCGCCUGCGCGCUAGUUUUUAUGAUCACACAGAUGGCCGAGUCUCCCGCUCUGAAGAGAAAACGCGAGGAAAAAGAGAGCGAGAACGGAUCCGCCGGGUCUCAAAAUGAAGGGCCGGCCCCCGGCAACUUCCCUUUGGCCGAGCUCUCUGUGAUGAAAGUACUGAGGGAAUCCGCGCGGGAGAAGGCGAUCUUCCUCCACGGGCGGGUGAAUAAUGCUUCUGGGGAUAAGACAGAUGCUGUUGUGAUCCUUGAGAAGAUUCCCUUCCAGGAAGAGAACAUCACGGAACUCUUAAAGAAGCACACUGGGCUUCAGCUCCAGAUGUCCAAUGACAUCUAUAGCACUUACCACCUCUUCCUUCCUCCAGAAUUAAAUGAGAUAAAAACUACAGUGGUGUACCCAGCAACUGAAAAACAUCUUCAAAAAUACUUGUCUCGGUCAGUGUAUCUCAUCCAGGAGACGGGAGAGGAUUAUAAGAACAUCACUCUGCCUUUUAUCGAGUCACAAAGUAUCAGCAUUCAGUGGGUAUACAACAUCCUGGAGAAGAAGGCUGAAGCCGAUCGAAUUGUCUGUGAAAAUCCAGAUCCCAUCAACGGUUUUGUUCUCAUUCCAGAUUUUAAAUGGAAUCAAAAACAGCUUGAGGAUUUAUACUUGAUCGCCAUCUGCCACCGCAGGGGAAUCAAGUCAGUGAGAGAUCUUACGGCUGAGCAUCUCCCUUUGCUGAGAAACAUCUUGAAAGAAGGAGGGGAGGCCAUACAAAAGCGCUUUGGCCUUGCAAAGACCCAGCUGAGGGUUUACUUGCACUACCAGCCCUCCUAUUUCCACUUGCACGUGCAUUUCACUGCCCUGAGCUACGAUGCACCGGGCUGCUCUGCAGAGCGGGCCCUCCUGCUUUCCGAUGUGAUGUAUCAUCUGGAGCUGGACUCCCAGUAUUAUCAGAAGUGCCCCUUGACCUUUCCUGUCCGAGCAGACGAACCUCUGCUGAAGAAAUUCCAGGAAGCUGGUAAAGCCUGAACACCUGAGGAUCUUGAAGAAAGAAGGGAUGAAAAAAAUAUAUACAUAAACACAAAAUGAGGAUACCUUUAUAUGGUCUGUAAAAUAUUUUGGGGUUUUUUUUUUUAGACUUAACUUGUAUUUUUUUUCUAUUGGAAGAUUUUUUUUAAAAAAAGUCAACAAAUAGCUGUGUCCAGGAGUUCCAGGUGUAUCUUCCUUCCCCUCACCGCCCCCCCCCUGCUGUUUUUGGAGUCCCCAUUGACCCAAACCAGUACAAAUAGUGGCCAGAGUGUCAGCGUUCCAAGGGAACCCUCAUUGCCAUCCCCCGCAGUGGCAGCCCUGUUAAGUCCAUCCAAAGAUGGAUCCAGGGCUGACACAGAGUUGAUAGAAUUUGAAAAGCCACCGAAUCUGGAAGGCUACAGGCAUCAUGUUCUUGUGCUAUGUGGACCAUGGAUUUGACAUUUCCGAUGUUUCAGCAAAUGGCAGAUUGAUGCUCUUCAAUGGAUUUGGGAGUUCAACAGCCUUCAGCCCUACCAGCUUCCAUGAUGGUGACAAAUUGUGGACAUUGUAUUCAAAAACAAGAUGCAGAAAACCUCGCGAUGCAAGCAAGAUUAUAUGUGCUUCAUGUUUCUAUUUCCUCCCGCUAAAUUUUACAUUUGACCUUCUUUUAAAGCAGCAAUACUUGACAUUAAUCUGGGUGCUUUCCCUGGGCUGGUUGCUCUCCAGAUUAUUUUAGACUACAGUUGAUCACCUGACUGUUGGCUACCAAGGAUCACGAAAGGAGAAAUAAGUUCUACAUCAGUGUUUCACAAUUUUAAGAUAUGUGGACUUCAACUCCCAGAAUUCCACCAGCCAUCAUUUUAGGUUGAUAAAUCCUGCUCGACACACAACCUGGAAGAAAGCCACAUCUACAACAGUAACAUGCAAAAAUGGAUGCCUAUAAAACAUCAUAAAAAGCCCAAAUCAGUUCAGUCUAUGAAAAUUGGCUCUUGUUUUUUCCCCUGUUCAUUUUCCAGCUUUUCAGUCAAUAGUAUCUGGUCACUGUAUUGGCUUGUCUAGCUUAGGGUUGGGGCAUGUUUUCUCCAGAUGUUUAAGUUCAACUUUACAUAAUCUUAGCAAGUAAGGGAAGAUUGCAGCUGCAGGCUAACAUCUGGAAGGCCACCCCAUUGCCUUUUCCCCUAAGUCCUUAUGUGACUUUUUUGUUCCAAUAAAACUGACCAUGUGUUUCCUGUAAAGUAACUGCAUUGUUUCUCAGCAUUUUUUUUUAAUUCUAAAAGUCCACAUGUUUUAAGUUUAAUUAAAAUUACAUGACAUCUGAGCAGCUUUGCAAAUGUUAGGGUGGCCCGGACCAAUCUUUAAAAAGGAGUUUUUGCGGUCAGGAGUGUUAAAAGAAUGGAUUAAGAAAAGAAAAAGAAAGAAGUAUAAAGAAAGAAUAAAGGUAUUUUAAUAUCUUUUAUGCUUCUAUGGACUUCAUCCCCAUAGAUCCUGUUUUUUCCCCUUCUGUUGCUGUGACCCUGACUUGUUCUUGCAGAAUGAAUUCACUAUUAAAAUACAGAAAACUGUAGAAUUCUAUUCCAUUUCUAUCGCUGUUAGCAUUUCUAUCAAGAUAUGAUUUAUCCUCCAAACUGCAAAUAUUUAGUGAUUUUUAGAUGGCUUGAACUUAGGGGGGGGGAAAGACAGUUUUUUGCUAAUACAACUUACAACCACAACAGGGACAAGAAUUUCCAUUACCAAACAAGGCAGUUUUAAGUUAGUGCCCACUGUAUUUAUUGUUUUGCUUCAAUUGUUACGCUUAUCACUGCAGUUGUUUAAUGAAACAUUCUGUGCUUAAUUGAAUCCAGAUGCCCCUGUUGACUCACCUUGGCAGAGGCUGGCUAGGCAGGUUGAAGAUGGCAAUCGCUUCAUCCUGGGAUGUUUCAACCAUCGUAAAAUAUAUGCCAGCUGCCAAACACCCAAAUUUUGAACUUGUAACCUGUGGGAAGUUUUUUUCAUUAC